AUGGCUGUUCGAUACCCACUGUGGAUGGGGCUGCUCCUGCUGGGUGCCUGGGGGCCCCUGCCCACCCCAGCCCAGGCCCAGCUCUCUGUGCAGCCCAACUUCCAACAGGACAAGUUCUUGGGACGCUGGUUCAGCGCGGGCCUCGCCUCCAACUCGACCUGGUUCCGAGAGAAGAAGGCGUCGCUGUCCAUGUGCAAAUCGGUGUUGGCCCUCACGGCAGACGGGGACCUUAACCUCACCACCACCUUCGUCAGGAACAACCAGUGUGAGAGCAGGACCAUGGUGCUGCGGCCGGCCGGGCCUCCGGGCCACUACAGCUAUGGGAACCCUCACUGGGGCAGUGUGCAUGACAUCUCGGUGGUGGAGACGGACUACAGUCAGUAUGCCCUGCUGUGCACGGAGGGCUCCAAGAGGCCUGGGCACGACUUCCGAAUGGUCACCCUCUACAGCCGAACCCAGAACCCCAGCGCCCAGUUUAAGGAGAAGUUUGCCGCCUUCGCCAAGGCCAAGGGCUUCACAGAGGAGGCCAUUGUCUUCCUGCCUCAAACCGAUAGGUGCAUGGAGGAACCAGAAUAG